CUAGAAGAGCCUAGAUAGAAAUGGGCCAAGCAGUGCUUAAAUGAAUACAGUUUGUGUGUUGUUAUUUCGGGGACGCAGCCCCGCGGCUCUUAUUUCAACAUAAUUGUUUGCUAGGGGGAAUUUUACCUUCAAACAAACAAGGCCAAUACAGUUGGUUGUGUGUUGAAUUAUGUUCCCUUCAAAGACAAGAUCAAGGUCUCCCUUCUGGUACCUGUGGAGGUGAUUUCAUUUAGAAAUCAUUUUUGCAGAGGCAAUAAAGUUACGAUAAAGCCAGGCCAAAUUAGAGUGAGCACCAAUUCAAAGGCUGGUACCCCUAUAAGAAGAAGAAAUUAUGAACACAAACAAGUCCCGUGAGAAACUCCAUAUGAAUUCAGGGACAGUAGGACAGACAGGUGACACAGGACGAUAGAGGCAGGGUUAGAGUGAUAACAUCCGUAAAUAGGGGGUGCACAGGCUGUUAGCACCCCCUAGAAGCUGGCAGAGAAAGGAUUUUCCUCUAGGAUCUUCAAAAGGGUAGGAUACUUCUUCAAGUUUGGGCUUCUAGCUCUCAAAAGUGUGAGAGAGUUCUCUUGUCUCUGGGAAGUCAGUAUGUUCCUUUUGUUCUGGUAGCCUUACAAAAUGAAUAGACAGCAACAGAAGAUGUGCACAGUGAAGAAGUAGCCAAAGGGAGCUCAUGCAGCCUCUUCAGGCUGCGGAGCAUCUAUCGAAACUGAGUGGAGGACCCUCUCUCCAGAUAAUAAUCUAGGUACUUUGUGCCUCUCGGGAAAAGCCAGAGGGAGGGACAGCAGCAGCAGAUUUGAAGAAGCACAGCCAUAAUUUUUCCAAAAUUGAACAAAAGAUUCUGCACAUCAAGAGUCCCAGUUUGUUUGUUUGCUUGCUUUUGCUAAACAAUAAGAUGCCUUUCUCAUGCACACAAAGUCCACUGAAACUAUGGGUAACUACCAGAAUAUCUGUCUUCAGGGUAACGAUCACCAGGAUCUGUAUAAGUUUUCAAUCUCAUACAGCAUCCUCAUCAUACACUCCCAUCCUCAGCAUGGCCGCAGUACCAAGUACUUCUCAUCUGCUGGCUUCACUCUGGAGUCCUGUGUUCAUGUCAGACACAGUUCUGCUUUGAUUGGACUUCUGGCUCCCCUGCUAGUCCUGAUUAUUUUCCCUUUUCAUUUUAGAACAUUUAUUCCAUGGUAAAAUAAUGAGUUUUAGUUAUUUCAUUACCAUAUGUUUAUUAAUUUACAAACUAAUGGGCUUCAUUAUGACCUUCCCAUAAACCUGGGUCUCCAAACACUGCCAUUUCCAUGUUCCUGUCCCCCAUGCCCUCUUGCUGUCUCAUUUCCAAACAGCCUCCCUGUCUACUUUCAAACUUUAAUUUGAAAAGUCAGAUUCCAUUUAAGAGAAAACACUCAGUGUUCAUCAUUCUGAGUCUAACUCAAACUGCUUUGUUUAGAGUAAUGAGCUCCAGUAGCAUCCAUUUCUUAUACGAAACAUAAGUUCAUCCCUCAUUAUGACAUAAUAAAGAUUCCUUGUAUCUAUUUACUGCUUUUGAAAUUCACUUUUGGUGGACAUCAAGGUCAAUUCAUAACUUGACUCAUGAUAAAAAUCUUAUCUUCUUAAUUCUGUCACCUUUACUGCUUCCUGGAGGAUCCAACAUUUGACUUUUCCUAUCUCAUAUCACAAAAAGACUGGCGAGGCGGUGACAACAGCCGGCGAGGCGGUGACAACAGCCGGCGAGGCGGUGACAACAGCCGGCGAGGCGGUGACAACAGCCGGCGAGGCGGUGACAACAGCUAAAUCCUUGUGCUGCUUCUCUGCUGUGGGAUUCUUUAGGAUGCAUUCGAGGAAAAACAGCUGUUUUAUUUUUUACUUAUAGUCAUAAAUGCUGUCUUACCUCUGUCCCAGUUCAGUGUGGAUUAACCUGGCCAAAACAAACAAACAAACAAACAAUCAAACAAACAAUGGCAGCAUCAAGAGAGGGGCCAGCUCUGUUCCUGAUUGCCAAUCAGUCACUGUCUGAGCUUUUCCAUGACAGAAAGCAAAAGCCCCCAAAUUGAUUUUUCUUUAGCCUUCUUCUCCCAAAGGAGUGACAAAUGACAGUUCUUGUGCACUGAGAAGAAUUCUUUGUCAUGCUGGGGACUGUGAAGGUCCUUUCUGCUUUUGCUCCUUAGCCAUACAAAGCCUGCUUCUCGUCUUCCAAAGACUGAUCUCUAAAGUAGCGCCAUAGUACUCCACUGCAUGCCCACUUUGCUCUUUUCAGGUGAUAUCAACUAUAGAUUAUUCAUAAUUGAUACAUAUGUGUCAUUUUUUAAACAUAAGAACAUUAUCUUAUAAGUGAGAAAACCAUUAUGUACUAAAUUCGACCCUUUCUGGCAAAGACUUAUUUUGAUUUCAUUCCCUUGAAAUUACAGAUAACACUCAGGUAAAUAUUCUUGAACAUGUGUCAUUUUUACAUGUGAAAGCAGGUACAUUUGAUAUUUGCUAAUAACUAUUUUAUAGAGUUUUUAUGUAUUUAAAACCCCAUCAUAGAAAUACUUACUUCCUCAGAUUUUUAACAGAAGGUGUUAUCAAGCUUUUAAUUUUAGAUAUUCCAACAAAAAUAGCAUACUAUGAUAAUGUUUUACUUUCUUCUUACUGCAGGACUGCUGUAUUGCUGUGCAUGUUGUGCAUGGAAUGCAUUCAGGAGCAUCUCACGUUCAGUUUGAUGUAAAGAAUACUGCCUUGAAGUCUGUGAUGGCGAACUGGCACAGCUAAGUGUGGUGCCCCUGCUCUGUGAAAAUUGGAAAUGAGAGGCUAGACGAGUAAUGGAUUCGAAAGCAUUAUUUAAAUGAUGUGCUGAUCCACUGAAGAUGCUGGGGAGAGAAAUGGAGAUGGAAAUGUUUUGGACUUGCCCCUUAGGGAAAUGAUCCAGGAUGGGUAAAAAGAUAAAGAAAGAAGUUGAACCUCCCCCUAAGGAUGUGUUUGACCCACUCACAAUCGAAAGCAAAAAAGCAGCCACUGUGGUGCUCAUGCUCAACUCUCCAGAGGAGGAGAUCUUGGCCAAAGCCUGUGAAGCCAUCUAUAAGUUCGCUUUGAAAGGUGAGGAGAAUAAAGCAACUCUCCUUGAACUUGGAGCUGUGGAGCCUCUGACCAAACUGCUUACCCACGAAGACAAAGUCGUAAGAAGAAAUGCUACAAUGAUCUUUGGCAUCCUGGCUUCCAACAGUGAUGUUAAAAAGUUGCUGAGGGAGUUAGAGGUCAUGAACUCUGUUAUUGCUCAGCUUGCUCCAGAAGAAGAAGUGGUAAUCCAUGAAUUUGCAAGUCUUUGUCUCGCAAACAUGUCAGUAGAGUACACUGGGAAAGUACAGAUCUUUGAGCAUGGUGGACUUGAGCCACUCAUCAGACUGCUGAGUAGCCCAGACCCAGAUGUGAAGAAGAACUCUAUUGAGUGCAUCUACAACUUGGUACAGGAUUUUCAGUGUCGGACAACACUUCAAGAACUAAAUGCAAUCCCUCCCAUCUUAGAACUCCUGAAGUCCGAGUACCCAAUCAUCCAGCUGCUGGCUCUGAAAACCCUGGGUGUUAUCACAUGUGAUAAGGAGUCUCGGACAAUGCUGAAAGACAAUCAAGGACUAGACCAGCUCACCAAGAUCCUGGAAGCCAAGGAACUGAAUGACCUUCAUGUAGAAGCACUUUCAGUGAUAGCCAACUGUCUGGAGGAUAUGGACACGAUGGUACUGAUGCAGCAGACGGGGGGCCUCAAAAAGCUGCUUUCGUUUGCAGAGAACUCGACAAUUCCUGACAUUCAGAAGAACGCAGCCAAAGCCAUUACUAAAGCGGCUUAUGAUCCGGAAAAUAGAAAAAUUUUUCAUGAACAAGAGGUUGAAAAAUGCCUGGUGACCCUCCUGGGAUCAGACAGCGAAGGAACCAAGAUUGCCGCUUCCCAAGCUAUUUCAGCCAUGAGCGAGAAUUCCAGCAGCAAAGAUUUUUUCAACACCCAGGGGAUUCCGCAGAUAGUUCAGCUGCUCAGAAGCGACAAUGAGGAAGUAAGAGAGGCAGCUGCCCUGGCCCUGGCAAAUCUUACCACCAGCAGCCCUGCGAACGCCAAUGCGGCUGCAGAAGCCGACGCCAUCGACCCGCUGAUAAACAUCCUGUCGAGCAAGCGGGACGGAGCCAUCGCCAAUGCUGCCACCGUGCUGACCAACAUGGCCAUCCAGGAACCUCUGCGCUCCGUCAUCCAGAGCCACGAAGUGAUGCACGCGCUGCUGGGCCCGCUGCAUUCCACGAACACAGUGGUGCAGAGCACGGCGGCGCUCACCGUGGCUGCCACUGCCUGUGAUGUGGAGGCCCGCAAUGAGCUGAGGAACUGUGGUGGUCUGGAGCCCCUGACUGAACUCCUGCACUCCAAGAAUGAUGAGGUACGAAGGCAUGCCAGCUGGGCUGUGAUGGUCUGCGCCAGUGACGAGCUGACGGCUGUCGAGUUAUGCAGGCUUGGGGCUCUAGAUAUCCUUGAAGAAAUUAAUCUAUCAGUAAGUCGGAAAAAUAAAUUCAGCGAGGCAGCCUAUAACAAAUUGCUCAACAACAAUCUUUCCCUGAAAUACAGCCAGACUGGCUAUUUGUCAUCCAGCAACAUAAUCACCGAUGGGUUCUAUGAUUUCGGUCGGAUAAAUCCUGGUACCAAGCUUUUGCCACUGAAGGAACUCUGCUUACAGGAGCUGAAUGAUCACCGUGCUAUUCUGUUAGUCAACAGUAAAUCUGAGACUUCUCCACCUCCAUCUAUGGAGGAUAAAUUGUCAGACGUUGGCUAUGGACGAAGCAUUUCUUCUUCAUCUUCCUUAAGAAGGGCAAGCAAAGAGAAGAGCACUUUUCAUUUUAGUGCUGGAUUUGGAUCUCCCACAGAAGAAAAAUCAGAGCCCACAUCAGGACGAAACACUGUCCUUAGCAGAGGUGCCACCAAGGAGAAAGGCUCAAGGAAAGGGAGGGGGAAAAAAGAAGAAGAAAAGGUAAAAGAGGAAGAAGAGGUCCUAGCAGUGCCCAAACUGACAGAAGGCAGCCCCGACAAAGAGUGGUACCCGCCUCCUGACCCUGAGUUCUGCGUAUACGUGUACGAGGUGACCAAGUCCAUACUGCCCAUCAUCAACAUUAAGGACCAGAUCGAGGCCCUUGCCAAGUAUGUGGCGGAUAAAAUGGGUGGUAAGAUUUCAAAAGAGAAGCUGUCUGACUUCAGCUGGGAGCUUCAUAUAAGUGAACUGAAAUUUCAACUGAAAUCCAAUGUCAUACCAAUUGGAUACAUCAAGAAAGGAAUCUUUUAUCAUCGAGCUUUGCUCUUCAAGGCACUGGCUGAUAAAAUCGGUGUGGGCUGCUGCCUGGUGCGCGGUGAGUACAGCCGAGCGUGGAACGAAGUGAAGCUGCUGAACGAGGCUCGGAAGGGCAUCAUCGGGCGCCUGCCCCCACCGGAAGAGUACAUCGUGGAUCUCAUGUUCCACCCGGGGGCCCUGCUGAAGCUCCGCAGCAAAGAGGCAGACCUCUACCGCUUCCUUUAGUCACCAAAGGAACGCAGGAGCACCCAAACCAGAAAUUAUCUCCUCGUGCUUUCUAAGAAGGGCACUAGCUGAUUUGAUAGCUUCAAAUAAAGGCCGUAGAAACGGUUUGUGUGUCGAAAUAAACUGAGGGUGUGGCUGUACGUGCUCCGGGGCUCUAGGCUGUGAAGUUCGGGAUCCGUCAGGGCCUCCCACGCUCCCCAUCCUCACACAAGGUUGCUGUGGGUGAAACCGUUCAGCCCUCUUGGAGCUUAGUACUCAUCAACGAUGGCGCCCAGCGACUGCUUCCUGUGAUGGAGUGAACUUGCCACUGUCCCUCUUGGUAUCCAGCAUGAGUCAGGUAACACUUGAUUUAAAUAAACUCCCGCCCAUUUGUGCU